UUUUCAACACUAAUUUCAGAGAGUGAAGUAGCUUCCAGGGUCGGAGCUGCAAUGAAGCCUAUCAUUCUAUUCUCAUUGCUUUGCGUGGUUGCCAAAGGAAGUUGCUGCUUGCUGACCGUGAAGAGCCACUCCAUGCAUUCCCAUGAAAUUGCCAUCGCAAGAAAACUGACUGAACCCUUGGGUCUGUGGUCGCAGAAAAUUACAGAGUGGGAAUUGCAGAGUGACCACAAGAACCAAGUACGGUACCUGCUGCGUUUCGGAGCCAGGGACCACCUCCUGCACUUAGUGAAAGCACAAGACCUGCUGACGCAGACCUACAGCGAAUCACAUUACCUUGCGAAUGGAUCCAUGGUAACGGAGAGACGACACCACCUAAAUCACUGCUGCUACACGGGUUUUGUUGAGGGUGUAGAAGAUUCUUCAGUGUCUCUUUGCACCUGUCAAGGUCUCAGUGGCUACAUAUCAAUUGGAGAUCAGAGAUAUGCCAUCGACCCUGUGGAAAACAGCAACCAGAAGCACAAAGUGAUCCAGUUGGGGCAUGUCCGUACCAAGAGGCACAUUCUUCCCCCAUUCUCUAUGACAUCCAUGAGUCGCAAAGCCAAUCUCAGCAUCGAGCUCUUCCUGGUGGCUGACAGAGAAGAGUUCCUCCAAAAUGGAGGGGACCUCAGAAAGACCCAGGAACGGUUAAUUACUCUUGGACAUCACGUUAAUCAGAUCUAUUACAAAGAGCUAAAUAUCCAGAUUUUUCUCGUUGGCAUUGAAAUUUGGACAACAGAGAACAAGAUUAGCUCUAGCCAGGAUACUUCAAAGGCUCUGCUAAAUUUUAUGAAGUGGAGAGGCAAAGAGCUUGUGCCAAGGAUACGCCAUGAUAAUGCCCAACUUGUCAGUGGCAUGCCUUUUAAAGAGUCGGUGGGACAAGCCUAUAUGAAUGCUAUGUGCUCGGAAGAGACAAGUGGAGGAGUCGUCAAGGACACGUGGGCUAGCACCCGAGAAGUGGCUAAAUAUAUUGCGCACGAGAUAGGUCACAAUCUGGGAAUGUUUCACGACGAACCCAGCUGUCAAUGUCCUGUCACCUCUGGGAAGUGCUUACUGGCAAAAUCAGCUGUGUGGAUGAUGAACCCAGUAUUCAGUAACUGCAGUAAAGUGUACCUAGAACAUUUCUUGAAUCAUCAAAACAUCAGUUGUUUAAUGGACCAGCCAAAUCUCUCGAUGAAUAUCACUGUCACGUUGGUAAAUGACAAUAUCGCAAGGCACUACAAAGUCAGUGUGGCCAUCUCUGUAUCGUUGCUCUUCCUCAUUAUUGCUGGACUUGUGAUGGUAAUUGUCCAGAAACAAGGGGAACUCGUCAAUGCUGCAAACCCCUAUCGCUCUUCCAAAAGUCCCCUUCAGCAGAACAUCGUCUAAUUAAAGGGCUGCUAGUGAAGUAAAGAGAAAUGCUUCAGAUCUCCGUACCAAGGAUCUACUGCAUACUAAGGAUCUACUGAAAGAUGCCCAUAUUUUCAGAAAGACAUGUUCUCUGGGCCAGCCUUCACUCUUAUAUGAUUUUGCUUAGGAAAUGAAUCACGGUUGGCGUUGUGCGUAAAUGAUGCAAAGACAAGAUCUCUGUGAUCACUUUCCAUGUAUUUUGCGCAGUGCGAAUGAUUUGUGAACGUUAUAUGAUGGGAACCUGAUCUGCUACCGCUGAUCAUUGAAAUCAGCCAUCAGCAUUUACAAAACACAAUUUUCACAAAGACUUUGCUGGACUGAAGAAAGGGAAUCUAAAGGCAAGAAUGAUUACACCCAAAACUCACACGACUCUUUUGUGAAUGAUAGUGAAGAUGUUUAAACAGAAACCCAGGAUGUAGGCCAUUCUAUUGGUGGUUGAAAGAAAAACAGGGUUGGCAGCUCAACAUACCAGGUAUUUAAGUUUCAGGUGCAAUAGCAGCAGUAAGUAAGAGAGAGGGGGGGCAUUGCAUUAUUGAUGUAGGAAGCUAUUACUGCAGUAAUGAGAGAGGAUGUCCUAGAAGGGUCUUCAAAUGAGGCCGUCUGGGUACAGUUUAGAAAUAAAAAAGGGGGGAUUACCUUGCUGGAAUUAUAUGACAGAUUGCUCAACAGGCAGAGGGAGAUAGAGGAACAGAUAUGUAGUCAAAAUCACAGAAAGGUGAGAGGGAAAGAGGGGUAUAGUUGGAGGGGAUUUCAACUUUUGCUAAAUUGGAUUGUCUUGGUGUUAAAAGAUUACACAGUGUUGCGAGAGUUUUGGGAGUAGUGACUACGACUCUUGUGAGUUUCAAAGUUAUUACGGAAAGGGAAAUGGAUAGUGCAGAAAUUAAGUUCCUAAAUUAGGGAAAAGCUGAUUUCAAUAUCAUUAGAGACGAUAUGGGCCAAGAACAGGUAAAUGGGAUUAGCGUAGUUUGGUGUUGGUUGGCAUAGACAUGGUAGGCUGAAGGGCUCUUUCAAUGCCAUAUUACUCUAUGAUUCUAUUAUUCCAGGAUUGAAAUACUUUUGCUCUCUCAGACAGUCAAGAGAUGUGGGAAUGGGCUGGAAAGAGGGGUUGAAGCCCAAGUAUUACACAAUGGAGCCUGCUCCUCUUUCUUGUGUUUUUUUUUCAUUCACUGUGAAACUCGAAUAAUCCACAAAAAUGUGAAAUCCUAUUUUAAAAAAUCUAAAUAUUAUUAUUAAAAUGAAAUGUUUUAUACCUAUUAUCCAUCAUACUUUGUAUGUAAUGUAAGAGAUUGGAAGGU